AUGAUUUCGGAUAUUUUUUUCCCCUUCUUGUCCUUUAUCAUUGAAAAUUUUUAUUUUUCUUUCAGAAAGCCAACAACAACAACAACAACAACAACAAGAUCAAAAAUACUCCACCAAACACCCAAACAGAUGCUGGAACACAAUAUACCUAUAUUAAUUAAUCAAUACAUUGCUGCUUCUUCAGGUAAUGACGAAGAAGCGGUAUCAAAUUACAUUUUUGAAUUAUCCAAUUUGAUUAGUAAUGAUGAAUUAUCAUUAUUACAAUUCAUUCAACAUUUAGGUCCUUCAUUAACUUCAGAUAAAGAUUCAAUUCGUAGUAAAAGUAUUGAAUGUUUAUCCAAGACUAUUAUUUCAUUGUCUGAUUCGAAAUUGACUAAACAAGACAUUAAUGUUUUAAUUGAAUUUUUGUUAAACAAAUUAAUUGAUAAUGAUCAAAUAUGUUUACAAUAUUCAUUAAUGGGGAUUAAUUCAUUAAUUUGUAAGAAAAAUUUCCUUGGUGAUACAAAUAUUGAAAAAAUUUUACAACAAUUGUAUAAAAAUUAUGAUCCCAAAAAGAAUUUAGCAAAAGUACGAUACGAAACUUUUCAAAUAUUAUUGAAUUUAUUGAAUCAAUUUAAUCAAUAUUUGAAUUCUUCUUCUAUUCAAUUAUCAAAUUUAUAUAUCAAGACAUUUAUUCAUAUUGCAUCAGGUGAAAAAGAUCCAAGAAAUUUAUUAAUUUCAUUUGAAUUGAAUAAUAAAAUCAAUGCAAAUUUCCAAUUUGAUAAUAAAAAUAAUGAAUUACAUCAACAAUUUAUAACUGAUUUAUUUGAUAUUUGUUUUUGUUAUUUCCCAAUUUCAUUUAAACCACCAAGUAAUGAUCCAUAUAAAAUAACUUCAGAACAAUUAAAAUUGGCAUUAAGGGAAACUAUUGCCUCUCAGAGUAAAUUUGCGCCUGAGGCAUUCCCCAGUUUAAUUGAAAAAUUAACUUCAACUAAUCCAACCAUUAGAAAUGAUACUUUAAAAACAAUUGAAUUAUGUAUUAAAAAUUAUUCCAAAAAUGAUGCAACAGUCAUUGAAGAAUAUUGGAUGACAAUUUGGAAUGCCUUAAAAUUUGAAAUUUUGCAUAAUGAUAUUUCUAGUAAUUUUAACCCAACUAAUAAUACCAUUGUGGCAUCAGAUUAUGAUGAAAUUGAUGAUAAUGAUGAAUUUAAACCAUUAGUUUUAACUUUAGUUAUACUUAAUCGAUUGAUUCUGACAUUACUGCAACCAGAAAUCAUGUUACAUACCGUGGUGGAAGAAUUGAAACCUAAUUUAGAAGUAAUGAAAGAAAAAUCAAUCAAAUCAAGUUUAAUUUUAAGUUCAUUAGGUUCAACUUCUGUUGAUAAUUUGAAUUAUAUUGUUGAUUUCUUAUUUCAAUAUCAAAUAUGGGGGAAAUUUUUAAAUAUUGAUAAAAAAGAAGAAAACGAAGAACAGCAAGAGUUUGAUACAAAUGAAGAUGUUUCAUUGAAUAUAGCAAAACAACGUGAUUUGAUUGAUAGUAUUGGAUUUGUAUUAACUGCAUAUCAAGUUUUGAAACCAACAGCUCAUUGUCAUUUAUUGGAUUAUAAAGAUUAUAUUUUAAUAUUUUUAGGACAAUUAUUGACUAUUACUUCCAAUUUAGAGAAAACAUUGAAAUGUAAAAUCAUUCAACAAUUGAUUAAAUUAAUUAAAUUACCAGGGUAUUUAAAUACUAAUGAACUUGAGUUAAUCUUAGGGAAUUAUUUUAAACAGUUCUUUUUAGAUACUACAAAAACAUCAGGAAAGAAAGAUGUUAUAUUACAAGAAAUUAUUAAUGGAUUAAUUGAAGUUUCACAAGAUAGUCAAAUUACGUCAUUAACAAUUGAAUUCAUUAUUAAUCCAAUAUUAAAUCAGUUAUUAACCACCGAAGAUAACGAUGGUGGUGAUGUUAAUAUUGAGACUUUCCAAUUUCAAUUAGAAAUUGUUGGUGAUUUAUGUAUUAAUUAUCAAAUUCUUGAAGUUAUUUCCAUUAGAUUAUUAAAUAAAUUACCAAUUAUUAAUAAUCAAUCCAAUAAUAAUUUACAAUUAUAUAAAAUCAUUAUUAAUUUAUUUAUUGAAUUAAUUAAAAAAAUUGAAUCAAUUCAACAAUUUUUAACUAAUUCAUGGUAUAAAAAUUUCAUUCCUAAAUUUAUGGAAAAUCUAUUAAUCGUGUUACCUUUGGAGAAUAUUUUGCAUAAUAAUGAUGAUAAUUAUGAAUUGUUUGAAAUUGUUGGUGAUUUAUUGGGUUUAAUUAUUAAAUUUAUUGAUGUAUCUAAACAUCAAGAAAUUUUAGAUCAAUUGAAUCAAACAUUUAUUAUCAAUAAUAAUGAUGAUGAUGAUGAUGAUGAAGAAACAAAUCAUCAAGGACCAUUCAAAUAUCCACUGAAUUUAUUAAUUGAACCAAAUAAUUAUAUCAAUGUUUAUAAUAAGAUUUUAAGUUCCAUUGAUAAAACUUGUGUUUUCAAACAAGAUGUUGAUCAACAAGUGAUUGAAUCAAUAAUAAAUUUGAUUUAUAAAAUUGGUAAUGAUGAUGAAUAUUUACGAUUACAAUAUUUACAAACAUUAUGUUUGUUGAUUAAUAAAUUCACUAAUAAUGCCGACUUCAUUGAAUCUAAAUUGAAAUUUUUAGAAAAAGUUGAAGAACAAGACUUCCCAAUAACUAAAAAAGAUUUUAUAUCAUUUGAAAUUUUUAUAUGGAUAUUAAAGGGAUUAAUUGUUAAACUUGAUAAAUUAGGGAUCAAUUAUUUAAAUCAAUUACUUGAAUUAUUUGUAAUCACUGAAAACUAUAAAUUGAAACAAUUAAUUGGUAAAUCAUUACAAAUUUUAUUUAUUGAUUUGAAAAUUUUCACUAAUGAGAGAAUUACUACUACUGACAACACCAAUAGUACUAAUGGUGGUAUUAAAUCUUCUAGUCAAUUGAUUUCAAAAGUUAAAAAUUUACAAGUCAAAUCAUUAUAUAAACAACAUAUAUUUGUCAUUAUUCUACCAUAUUUAAUUAAUGAUUCUAAUGAAAAUUUCACUAAUGAUGCUGAUUUCAAUUUAAAAUUCAAUUCAUUAUCAUUGAUUAUUGAAAAUUUAUCAAUUAAUGGUAAUAAUAAUAUUUUAAUUAAUCAAUUAUCAGAAAUUCUACCAAUUACAUUAUAUUCAUUAAUUAAAAUUCCAAUAGAUGCUAAUUCAAAUUCAAAUUUAUUGGCAUCAUUAAUAAUAUUGAAUAUUAUUUUAAAAGAAGAAGAAAAA